CGCAUGUCUUUAUCAGUGGGCUGGAGCGUUAAUCCCUUUAAAUUCCAGUCGACAGAGGCGGAGCAAAUCACCCUACUGCGUAUUCAGUUCUCUCUCUCUGGUUAUUUAGAGUGGAGCAAUGCGAAGUGUACACAUGACGGAUUUACCACGAAAGUAAUGAUUUACUCUAGAAAAACGGUAUAGACAGGCGUCCGCGAACCAAGCAGAUGGUGCUCCUCCGGCCAUGACUCGUACCAGGCUCCCCACGGUUGAAGCGGCAUUGAUAUUUAUAUCUGUCGCACAGCUGUGCACAGCUCUGAAGUGUGUGUGCCAGCUAUGUGCCAACAACACCUGUGAGACGGGCGCGGACGGGGCCUGCUGGAACUCUGUGAUGCUGAUCAACGGGAAGGAGGAGGCCAUCAAGUCCUGUCUGUCCCCGGCCGAGAUGAGGGGACAAGUCUUCUGCUACAGCUCCCGGAACGUCUCCAAGAGGCACUGCUGCUUCACAGACUUCUGCAACAACGAGACCCUGCAUCUGCACCCAGGCUAUGUAGAGAGGCCUUCGGAGGAGCCCGGCUGGGGCAGGCUGGAGCUGGCAGCAGUCAUCCUGGUGCCCUCUACCCUGCUCUGUGUGAGCAUCCUGCUGGGUGUGUGUGUGGUGCAGGGCCAGCCCUGUGCCUACAACCGGGCCCACAAGAAUGACGUGGAGGAGCCCCUGGACGACCAAAGUCUUAUGUCCCCCGAUAAGUGUCUUAAAGACCUCAUCUACGAUAUGAGCACCUCCGGCUCAGGCUACGGGCUACCACUGCUGGUACAACGGACAAUAGCUCGGACCAUCGUGCUGCAGGAGACCAUUGGGAAGGGCCGCUUCGGGGAGGUGUGGCGAGGGAAGUGGCGAGGGGAGGACGUUGCGGUGAAGAUCUUCUCAUCCCGUGACGAGAGGUCCUGGUUCAGAGAGGCAGAGAUCUAUCAGACCAUCAUGCUCCGACACGAGAAUAUCCUGGGAUUCAUUGCAGCUGAUAACAAAGAUAACGGCUCUUGGACCCAGCUGUGGCUGGUGACAGAGUACCACGAGCACGGCUCCCUGUUCGACUACCUGAACAGGUACACAGUGUCUGUGGACGGCAUGAUCGUUCUGGCCUUGUCCAUCGCCAGCGGCCUGGCACACCUCCACAUGGAGAUCAUUGGCACUCAGGGGAAACCUGCCAUUGCCCACAGAGACAUCAAGUCUAAAAACAUUCUGGUGAAGAAGAAUGGGACGGCUGUCAUAGCAGACCUCGGAUUGGCUGUGAAACACGACUCCAGUACCAACAUCAUUGAUAUACCAUCCAAUCACAGAGUAGGAACAAAGAGGUACAUGGCUCCAGAACUGCUGGAUGACACGAUCAAUAUUGGCAGCUUUGAGUCAUUCAAGCGGGCAGAUAUAUACUCCCUGGGCCUUGUAUUCUGGGAACUGGCACGGAGGUGUUCCAUCAGGGGACUUCAAGAAGAUUUUCAGUUGCCUUACUAUGAUAUGGUGCCUUCAGAUCCUUCUGUGGAGGACAUGAGAAAGAUAGUCUGUGACCAGAAACUGAGACCUAACAUUCCCAACCAGUGGCAGAGCUGUGAGGCACUGCGGGUGAUAGGCAAGCUGAUGCGCGAGUGCUGGUAUGCCAACGCUGCAGCUCGCCUCACCGCGCUGAGGGUCAAGAAAACUGUCUCUCAGGUGACUGUACUCAAGGACAUCAAAGAUUAGCUAGCCCACUGGCUGGCGCACCUGAACGUCCUGUCAUUGGUCUGGAGCAAAGCAUCCUCAAGACCACACUGAAACAGGAAACGCUCAGCUGGGUCGUAUUAAUUAGAAACCAAAACAGAAGAGAAUGGGGAGGGACUACCUAAACCUAUCCAAUAAGACAUUCUCAUUACAAAAUGUUUUGUUGUGGUUAGUAAAUGUAGGUUUUAGCACGAUGUUCCAAAUGCCUGUAUCGCAAGAAUCAAGAUUUUUGUUUUGUUUUAUGAGCGUUCAUGUCUGCUUGUUCUCAUGAAGUCUUUUUGGUCUCAUCUCCUUCGCUCCUUCUGUGCUGUUUGCACCUUCCCACUUGCACACACACACACACACACACAUACACCAAGCCUCUCCCCAUGCCACUCACAUCGAACAUUAAAGAUCACUUCUAUUUGCAUUUGAGGGUUGGUCCAAAAUAAUUGGUCACAUGGACACCCAAACACAUUGAGACAUUAUUUUACUGUAACAGAGGAGAAGUUACCUUUUCUAACGAUACCCUUUUUAUGUCUCGACUCCCAGACCCUCCUAAAACUGGAGUAUCAAUGAACAUGAUUGUGGAACAUUUAUGCACAGUUUCUGUCACACUGUGACAAAAAUGCAGUACUUGGUACCAAGUACCGCUAGGAACAUUUUAUCCACAUACUGUUAAUGUGCUAGCUGUCUAGUCUGUGUUUUUGUAAAUGUGCAAUGAGCAUAAGAAGCAUUUUAUAAGGUAGGCCACUUGAUUCCAACAUCUGAACAAAGUGGACAGGCUAGCAUGCUGUUUAAACAGUUGGAGACGGACAGGGGCUUGUGUUCAGAACUGUUCUAGCUACCUUGCUAGCAAGCAAAUUAAGAGAAGUUGGUCAUUAUUAGUGCAUGGUUCGGGUAAAAAAAAAAUAACAAAAAGGGCAUUUUUAUAGACAGACUUGAAAGCCAGAUCAGUGAUUAUUGCAAACAAGCAGGUUGAAUACUAUUUGAUAAAACAAUGUAAUUAUUAGUGGGUGUUAUGGUUGUGGAAGGCUUAUACUUACCCAUAUGUAUAACUUUAGAAGCCCUGAAUUCAUUUGAUUAUUCCUGACUGUUUGAAAUGCGGUGUAUUGACCUUUAAUUGUGCAACAAAGCUUAUUUAAAGAAAACAUUUAAAAAAAAUAAUAAUCAAGAUGUAUAUCGUGAAUCGGCCAUAGGAUCGGAAACAUUUAGAUGAGCUUUUUAGGCCAUAUCGCCUAGUCCUACAUGGUGUGCGCUAAUGAAUACGACCCAGCAGUGAGCAUGCUCAGCUUGUGAUGCCAAAAGAGCCUGCUGCUGUUCAGCAGGGAACACUCCUGUCCUGCAGUGUGUGGCUGGAACUGGAUCAACCAAUCCAGAGGAACGGGACACGAAACUGUGACCUAUCAGAAGAAGAUGGAUGAUUUACAAUGUACCGAUUUCCUCUGCUACCUCAAGAUGUUUUUAAGUGCCCAAAGCUUGAAGUUGCACAUUGAACGCUUCGUGCCAUAUUAUACUGUAUGUAGUGCUAGGCAACAUGCAAAAUGACUGUAAAUGUUACUGAGUAACGCACUCACUGCUAUGCCUGAUUUGUACAGGAAACACAAGGUCUAUACCCAUAAAGAUAAUUGUUACUUGAGAGCUGCUCCUCUCUCCCCCAA